AUGCCGGAGAAUUCGGAGAGUGCAUGUUCACGGAUGUGUUUCCGACCGAUGAAACUUUGGACGUCGAUCGACGAAGGACGAAGGAAGCAGCUUGGGUUCCUCGGAGGGUUGGUCUUCACGGCGCUCUUGAACGUUGCGGACUUCGUGUCGGAUUGGUGGGUGGUUUUGGGAUACGGCUGCAUAUUCGAUACCAAGCUCAGCACAGAAUGUGGCCCUGGAGAUGCGACCGGAAUGCAGGAGACGUGUCAGGUCCAUCCGUGGUGGUUUGGUAUUGGGCUUUUCUUACUGAUCGCAUCCAAUCUGUUUCAAAGCGCGGUGUGGACAUACUGGGCAGUGGGCAUCGAUAACGGCAUUUUAUACAAUUUCGUCCGCCAACCUGAGACAUGCUGUGGCUUUUUGGCCGUAUGUUUUGUAUGUUUUGUGCUGGCCUUCUUGCAGUUCCAUUACAUGGUGGAUAUUGCCGUGGCUGUCCGCCUCGGUGCUCCUGAAGAAACAGACGAUGCUCGUACCGAUUCCAUCAUUGCUCGAGAGUUGGCCACCAAGAUCCUGGAAACGAUUCCGCAGCUUUACAUGCAGAGUUAUAUUCUCUUCGUCACCGGCACCCACGGCGACCCUAUAAAGGUCACAUCUAUUGCGAUCUCGGUCCUCGCCCUGAGCCACGGCAUGCUGAAGGCAGUGGGCAUGGAUCCUGAUCAAAAAGCAUUGAAGAAGUUGCCAUUUCGCUUCGUCUCAUUCCUCUUCUUAGCGUCGGACCAGGCGAUGCGGUCCGCCGCCUUCUCGUUGGUUUUGUCGCAGGAGGUCCGACCCUUCGGGGUGACGCUGAUGGCAGUGGCCGCGGUGGCAACGUGCGGGACGUACGUGUGGACAGCAAAGGCUGGGGACGAUCUGGGAGAGAAAGUGGUCUUUGCAUUUGUGUUUUUUUUCACGAUCUACCUGAUCCCAGUCUGGAUGUGGGGUGACAACGAUGAUGAACUCUUGGGAACGGUCCGCGGUGUGAGAAUCCGCUGGCUUGAGAUGCUGCUCUGCGCCGUGUUAGCCUAUCUGGUGGCCAAGACCAACUGCGGCCACGCACCGAGCCACGAAGUGGCCGGACUGGUGGGCCUUUUAGCCUUCAAUCUUGCAACCUACGCUUUGAUGCGCAGCUGCUUCAAUUGGAGAACCGGAGACUUUCGCUUCCAAUCGACCUUGGAGGACUGGUAUCGAUGCAUCACUGGGUGCUGGACCAAAGGCAAGGCCGAGGACGAUGAAGCCAACGCUCUCACAGCUGAAGACAGCGACGGCAACGAUGAAGUCUCCAAGGUGGAGCCAGAAGCCGAGCCUCACGAGGCCGAGCCGAACGAGAAGCCAGAGAUGGUCACCACGAAUGAGUCUGAUGACGGAGCCAAAACGAAGCCGAAACGAAGAGUGUGGAAGAAUCUGAAGAGAAAACCCAAGAGUGUUGCAAACCAGAAGGAAGGAGAAGAAGUUGUGCAAAGAACGUUGGCAUCGUUGGAUGCCGAAGAGGAAGACCCGACUUCCGGAGGGGAUUUGCAGAUUGAUGUGGAGGACCAAGCUGACUUGCCUCAACUGCCCAAGGAAGAGAAGAAGAAAAUUAAGAAAGGGAAGAAAGGCAAAGCAAGAGGCACCAAAGCAAGAUCGUCGACAUCACCAGAAGCCUACAUGGUAGGCAAAGCAGCAAAUUGCCACUGUGCAGAUUUCAUGUCGACUUCGCAGGACCGCGCCCAGAGCGCGCUCCGGGCGGUGGCGCAGUUCGCCAGCGUGGCCGGACAGGUCCAGCAUGAUGAGCUUCGAUCUGCAUCGCUGCAGGUGGCGCAUGAGGCGUUGGCACAAUGCGAGGUCUAUGGACAGCGCUGUGUGGAAUUCCUCCUCACGGCUUUAAGACAGAGCACCAAGGCGAAUGCCAGUGCGGUGGAGGACGUGAUUUGGAUGGUCUACAAGGUCGCGCAGAGAAGUGACACUGCCAAGGCCUGGAUUUUGCACGCUGGUGGGGUGGCGGCCCUCAGAGCGGCUGUGCUGUGCCAUGCGGACCAGUCGCAGCUUUUGGAGAACGGCGUGUGGACCGUGUACGCGCUGGAUGGGCUCCGUUCCCUUGCAGAGCUCCUGGAAGGGUGUCGCGGCUCCAGCCUGAGCGAAGGCGCCUUGCGAGGCGCCAUCGUCGGGGCGCUCUACCAGCUGGUGAGCCCCCGGAGGAGCUCGAAAUCGGCCUUUGCCACCUUGGAGGUGGUGCAGCCGGAGAGCGUCGUCGUGCUCAUCACCGAGGCCUUGCGCAUCGGAGGUGCGAUCAACGAAGACGCGCUGUGGUCCAGCUGCACUGUCUUAGAGAACCUCAUUGAGAAGGAUCCCCGCAUGGCGCAGGUCUUCCUGGCACGAGGAGGCUCCCUCCUGCUCGUGCAGAUGUUGCGCUCCUCAGCGGCCAGUGGACAAGAGGCCCAGGACCUCCGCAAGGCCAUCGCCUCGUUGAUGGUCUGCCUGGCCGAUGCCUCGCCCGAGGCUGUGCAGGCCUUCCGUUCAGCGGGAGCCUCCGAAGCUCUCAUGAAGGAGGGCCUUCAAGGCGAUGGGGCCGAUGCAGAGGCGGCGAUGUGGGCUCUGGGAGCCAUCGAUGGUCUGGACACGGUGCUCGAGGCGGAGACCGGAGCUGAGAGGAGACGGGUGGCAGGGCUUUGGCAGAGGGCCUGGCUCCCGGCCCUGGCGCUAGCCCUUCGACUCGCCCUCGGCGACGAGUCCUGCCCCGCCGGCGACGCGUCCUGCGCGACGAGGGCGCCGAUCCAGUGUGUGCGGUGGCGGCAGACAGCGGGCUGCGAUCCCAAGGGCACCAGGGAGAAGAGCGGAGACAAGGAGAAGGGCGCUUUUUUUUCGGUGAGAACAGGGGGAAGCAACCCUUGGGGCGAGUGGUUCGGCCAGGACUGCGAGGAGGAGAUCGGCAUCGGCAGCAGCGGCUACUGCCAGUGCAGCGACGGCAGCGAGAAGCUCCGCGCGCGCAGCGUGAGCUGCGACCACCGCCCCUUCCGCUGUGCCACGGAAUGCCUCCAAGCUGCUCGCUACAAGUGCAUCAUGUGGCGCCAGACGGGUGGCUGCAGCGCGGACGGCGCCCGCGAGCCCGGUCGAGACCAGCCCUGCCGCGCGCUGAUCGACAGCCGCUCGAGCGGAUACUGCGAGUGUGGCGGUGGACGAGUCAUCCGGAAGCCAGGGUGCACACAUGGAGAAUGGGCGGAGCCCUUCACCUGCCAGGAUGAGUGCGGGAACGAGGCCUCGUUGUAUGAGGAGCUGGGCGUGGAUGAGGGCGCCUCCGACAAGGAGAUCAAGCAGGCUUUCCGGAAGCUUUCCUUAGUUCAUCACCCUGACAAGACACGGAAUGACCCGGUCCUCACGGCACGCUUCGCGCAGAUCCGCGAGGCGUACGACAUCCUGGGAGAUGAGGGUCAACGAGCCAUCUACGACUCCGCAGGUCUCCAGAUGCUCUACCAGUUCCUUGGGAACAAGGCAGAGAAAGCGCCCUCCACGACCUCUGAGGUCACCGUGACCCUGGAGCAGAUGUACAACGGCCAGGAGCUGCAAGCGGCGGUGCCCCGCGUCCUCGUGUGCCGCGGCUGCGCGGAGGCCGCCGCCCGUGGUGUGGCCUCGGAGCGGUGUCGCAAGUGCCAGACGCGCUGCGCGGAUGAGUUCGAGAUGAGACAGGUGAGGAUGGGGAAUAUGAUCAUGCAACAGCAGGUCCAAGUCCCUUCCAAAGAGAAGUGCCGUACCCAGCAGCAUUUGUUGACCAUCGCCGUGGAGCGGGGCGCCUCUGCGGGAGACACGGUCAUCUUUGCCCACCGUGGCGGGCAGCAGCCCAAGAAGGUGCCUGGAGAUGUGAUCGUGAAAUUUGUGGAGGCCAAGCAUGCCGUUUUCAGACGGGCCGGCUUUGAUUUGCACACCGAGGUGACGCUGUCACUGCGGGAGGCUCUGCUGGGCUUCGAACGGAGCAUCGUCCACCUGGAUGGGCGAAGGCUCCAGGUGGCCUUCGACGGCGUCACGAAGCCCUUUGCGGUGAUGAAGGUCACUGGGGAAGGCAUGCCCCACAAGGAUCCCACUGACCGGGGGGAUUUGUACAUCAAGUGCAAGAUCCAGAUGCCGGAAGAUGGACGACAGUGGCUGAAAGAGAUGACGAGCUAA